UGUCUUCUUCUCUUUAACAAUUGAUUCCGGAGGUCUGUUCUGUAUCCCCUCCGAUGGAUGACGGCGGAGGAGUGAGAGCAGGAUGCAUUCGGAUGAGAUGUCCUUCCCCAAGGAGAAUCGUGUCUCGGUGGUUCUCCCCUCAGGGAAGAAAAGUGAAAGGUAAUAAGAUGGCUAUGGCCGAAGCACGCGUGUCAUACUGUGAUGAGGCGAGGAUCAAAACCUCCUCUGAGGAGGAUCAUGUUCUUCAUGGAGUUGGCCAAUCUUCAGAUUCGACUCCACGUACCAUCGAUUCCGUAGAAUUGCAAAGGAGGGAAUUUUUGUUUAGUAUUGGAGUGAGUUGUUAUCUCCUACAUCUGAUUGCUACCGGUAGAGAAGAGAUUCACAAGAUCGUUGAGGUACGGAACGAUUUAGAGAAUUUUUUGGAAUGCCGGAACGAAGAACUGAGGCGGAAACAGCGAGAGUUUGUCGAGUUACGGAACAAUAUUAACAAGUUUCUAGAGUUUCACAACGAUGAAUCGAGGCGCAAACAGCGAGAUAAGUUUCACAUUGGGAAGCAAGAGCAAAGUGAAACAUCUCCUUAUUCUACCACAAGUGACGUUGUAGAUGGUCCUGCGUCUUCUACUGAUCACUAUUACUCUCCACAGAUCCUGGAGACAUCUUUGAGUGUUCGUGGUGAAGGGUCUUUGUCACAUUAUGUAUUUAACCGAGGGAAAGAUGUUGGAGGUGAAAUGGAUCAGCUUGAAGCUGAACUCGAAGCUGAGUUUGAGCUUCUUCAGAUUGGUCAAGACCAUGAUGGUCAAUGUUCUAAGCUUAAGGAGGUCUCAGAGAAGAGUGAAGUUUCAGAAGGCCUAAGAUCCGGACACGUGUGUCCAGGACUAGUGGAGGAACAGCAAGGAGUGUGUCCUUAUGAGCUGGAGAGAAGACUACAUGAGCUAAUGGAGACAAGACAAAAAGAGGAAAUAAGAGAGCUAGAGAUUGCAUUGGAAGAUGCUAAACAAAGGCUUCAGUUGAAAGAGACAGAAGCUUCUUGGUGGAAAGACACCGCUUACAUAGUCUCUGAACGUAUUCCAGAACCUUCUUCUAGAAUCAACUCCAGCUCUAGAACCCACCCUUACCCUGUCUCUAGGUGAGAAUUUGUUAUUCCAGGUUUCAUUACAAAAAGUACAAGAGAGUACGUAAUUUGUGAAAGAAGCAACAUAUAAUUUAAUAGAGUUGCCCUUAUUUUUUCAAUUCGUUCCAAUUGGCUAUGGAGCAUAGAAAUUUUUAAAAGUUUGUAAUCUCUCUUCUUGAGAUGAAAGUUAGUAUAUAAAUUGUAGUUUGGAGUUUGGAUUUGACAUUUCAACUGAGAAGGAUACCUAUAUAAGUGUUUCAUAAAGUUGAUUAUGAGCUUUAUGUAUUUGUUUUA